AGCUCCGAAGCCCGACCGCUAGAGCCAGAGUCGGCCGGAGUCACAGACCUUCGCAGACAUGUCCAACCUGGCGUUCCUCGCGGUGCUGCUGACGGGCUGCUUGGUGGCGAGCAGCGUGCCCGGCGGUGCUGCAGCCGCGUCUUGGGGCCUCGUCGAUGCAGGGGGCGAUCCAGCGGAUGACCUCCUCAGCGCGAUAGCGGUCCCGGAGCUCCUCGAUGACGACGACGGCGCCGACGACGACCUGGAGGUGAUCGACCUGAACGAGGUGCUGGAGAGCAGGGCGCAGGCCGGCGGCGGCGGCGUGGAGACGCAGCGCUGGAAGCCGAAGCUGAAGCGGUGCAAGGGCGGCCCCUGCAGGAGGAAGUGCAACGCCAAGGGCAAGAACGGCGCCUGCGCGCUCGUGUGCGUGUGCUGGAAGUAGGCGCCAGCGGCACGGCUUGUUUUAUCCGCAAAUAUAUUUAUUUUCUCAAUUUUACAUUGAA